CCAGUGACACCCCUCCCGUGUCCGCUGAAUGGGAACUGUGACGAGAGAGACAGAACAGCACAGAACAGGACCGAGACCCAACCCAGAGGAACUAAAACUUAGUAGCCUAACUAGCUCCACAGAAGAGACCGGACAUCUCAGGAUGACAGCAGCCCGUGGUCCUCAGUCCUCCUAUAAGAAGUAUUUUGGAGGGGAAAGGAACAUGAGCCACUCCGCCUACCCCUCCAGCCGCCAGCUGUACUCCAACCCGGUGGCGGUGCGCUCCUCUCGGGUCUCUUUCGGCCUGUCCUCCGCCGCCCCGGGGGUCUACGCAACCAGGACCCAGCGGCUCCGCAGCAGCGCCCCGAUGCCCCGGCUGUCCUCCGAGACCCUGAACUUCUCUCUGUCCGACGCCGUGAACUCCGAGUUCAAGACUAACCGGACCAACGAGAAGGCGCAGAUGCAGUCGCUCAACGACCGCUUCGCGAGCUAUAUCGAGAAGGUCCGGUUCCUGGAGCAGCAGAAUAAGAUCCUGCAGGCAGAGCUCGAGCAGCUACGAGGGAAGGGCACGUCCCGAUCCCGCAUCGGGGACCUGUACGAGGACGAGAUGCGCGAGCUGCGGCGACAGGUGGACCAGCUGACGAACGAGAAGGCGCGAGUGGAGGUGCACCGGGACAACAUGUCUGAUGAUAUAGACCGACUCAGAGAGAAACUGCAGGAGGAGAUGAUGCAGCGUGAGGAAUCUGAGAGUACCAUGCAGAGCUUCAGAGGGGAUGUGGACAACGCAGCUCUGUCUCGUCUGGACCUGGAGAGGAAGGUGGAAUCGCUUCAGGAGGAGAUCAACUUCCUGAAGAAACUACACGAUGAGGAGCUGUUGGAGCUGCAGUCUCAGGUGCAGGUGUCGCAGCAGGUGCAGAUGGACAUUGAUGUGGUGAAGCCAGACCUGACGGGCGCUCUCCGGGACGUCCGCUCUCAGUACGAGAACCUGGCCUCCAAGAACAUGCAGGAGUCAGACGACUGGUACAAGUCCAAGUUUGCUGACCUGACUGAUUCUGCAGCCCGUAACAACGAGUCUCUACGUAUUGCUAAGCAGGAGGGUAAUGACUACAGACGCCAGGUGCAGGCACUCACCUGUGAGAUCGAUGCCCUGAAGGGAAGCAAUGAGUCUAUGGAGCGCCAGAUGAGGGAGAUGGAGGAGAACUUCAGUAUGGAGUCAUCUGGUUACCAGGACAACGUCAGUGGUCUGGAGGAGGACAUUAGGAACAUGAAGGAUGAGAUGGCCAGACACCUCAGAGAAUACCAGGAUCUCCUCAAUGUCAAGAUGGCCCUGGACAUAGAGAUAGCUACCUACAGGAAACUACUGGAGGGGGAGGAGAACAGAAUCACCUCUCCGUUGCCAAACUUCUCCUCCUUAAACCUGAGAGAAACCAUGAUGGAUUCCAGACCCAUGGUUGAAACCACAAUGUCCAAAAAGGUUCUGAUCAAGACGAUCGAGACCAGAGAUGGACAGGUGAUCAAUGAGUCCAUGAACCAUGACGACCCCAUCGAUGUCUUCAACUAGAGACCAGCCAUCUACAACACAGAAAAACAUAGAUGAUAUUUUUAUCUAGAUUCUAUUUCUAUAACCCGCAGCCAUAAACAAUAUAUCUGUUUGUUAUAUAUCUAGAUUAUGUUUCUGGACCAUUCCACCAGACAGGACUACCUACCCACAGCAAACACAACCAGACAGGACUACCUACCCACAGCAAACACAACCAGACAGGACUACCUACCCACAGCAAACACAACCUGACAGGACUACCUACCCACAGCAAACACAACCAGACAGGACUACCUACCCACAGCAAACACAAGCAGACAGGACUACCUACCCACAGCAGACACAACCUGACAGGACUACCUACCCACAGCAAACACAACCUGACAGAGGGAAUGAAGAGAGGGAAUGAAGAGAGAGAAUGAAGAGAGGGAAUGAAGAGAGGGAAUGCGGAGAGGGAAUGCGGAGAGGGAAUGCGGAGAGGGAAUGCGGAGAGGGAAUGCGGAGAGGGAAUGCGGAGAGGGAAUGCGGAGAGGGAAUGCGGAGAGGGAAUGCGGAGAGGGAAUGCGGAGAGGGAAUGCGGAGAGGGAAUGCGGAGAGGGAAUGCGGAGAGGGAAUGCGGAGAGGGAAUGCAGAGAGGGAAUGCAGAGACUCUAGAAAUGUUACAUUCGUCGUCACAUCAAUAUUUUGUCAACUCUGUAAAAACCUGUCAAUGUUACCAGAUACAAUAUUAUUAUUUGUCUGAAUGAACCAGCUUGCCUGUCCUUCACAGCCUGUUAUGCAUCUGUCAGUCUAGCGUAAGAGAAACACAUUAAACACUGUCUUCCUCUAAAAAACAAUAAAACUGGUCGAAAGAUA